GGUCGAGAAGGCGGGACUUCCGGCAGCGCAGGUUGGACAUAAAGUGACAUACUUCACCUCCUUAAAAUUGGAAGAAAAACCGAAGGACGACGCGUUACAAGUUUUAAAACAAUUGUAAUGAUAUUCAGAAAUGGAAGAUAUAAACCUUCAUUACCGCUUUCUGAAUUGGAGGAGACGAAUCAGAGAAAUUCGUGAGGUGCGAGCCGUGAGAUACAGGGAGCGACUCAAACGGAUGGUGAGAGAUGGGGACAUACUCAGGUAUCAUGGAAAUUCAGAUGAAGUGGGCUGUUUUGUGGCAGCCAGGCCAUUGUCAAGACGAAAUCGUUACUUUGAGGUAACCAUCGUCGAUACAGGGGUGAGGGGCAUGAUCGCUGUUGGCUUGGUGCCUCAAUUAUACAAACUGGACCAUCAGCCAGGCUGGCUCCCACAUUCUGUAGCUUUUCAUGCUGAUGAUGGCAAGCUGUAUAAUGGAAACACUGUAGGGCAGCAGUUCGGUCCCAAAUGCUGCAGAGGUGACCGAAUUGGCUGUGGAGUAUCCCUGGACUCUGACGAUGGACAAUUAACGGUAUUUUUUACCAAGAAUGGUAAAGAAGUCGGCAGUGUAGAAAUCCCAGCCUCUCCUGAUGCUCUCUACCCUGCUGUGGGAAUGCACUCCCUGGGGGAAGAAGUGCUGCUGGACCUGAACGCAGAAUGGGGCAUGGAGGAGGAUGACGGCCUGAUGAUAGUGGACAGCCAUGAAGAGGACUGGGCUCGUCUCCACGACAUCAAAGUGACAGGCACGCUGCUCGAGUACACGGGGAAAGGGAAGAGCAUCGUGGACGUGGGCUUGGCUCAGGCCCGGAGGCCUCUCAGCACACGCUUCCACUACUACGAGCUGGAGAUCACGGACGCUGGAGAGAAAUGCUACAUUGCCCUGGGGCUGGCACGCAGGGACUACCCUAAAAACAGACAUCCAGGUUGGAGCAGAGGGUCCAUAGCCUAUCAUGCAGAUGACGGAAAGCUGUUCCAGGGCAGCGGGGUCGGAGACCCGUUUGGCCCACGCUGCUUUGAAGGGGACGUUAUGGGCUGCGGGAUCAUGUUUCCACGUGACUUCAGCCUUGAUGGUGGAGAUGAUGUAGAUUACUGGGACCUUGAUGAGUUUGCAAAGCCCAGCGAGGUUCAGAAUGAGUUGUAUGCAAACAAUGAAGAUGAGGAGGAGGAUGAAGGAGAAGAUUUAGAGGGGAGGAAGGUCAUGGUGUUCUUUACUCGUAACGGAAAGGUUGUGGGUCGGCGGGAAGUGGCCUUACCUGUGGAAGGCUUUUACCCCACUAUUGGCAUGAUGAGCUCCGGGGAGAAAGUCAGAGUGGACCUGCACCCACUCAGUGGCUGAGCACCGAGGAGGAAGUGAAACCUGAAAAAGAUGAAAUACGAGCAACAGGGAGUGAAUGGGGCUCCGUUACAUUUUGGAGACUGGCCCUUGAGUACUUUCAAGAUGUUUGCUUGAAGCUUUAGUAUAGGAGGUCACUGUGGCUCCAGAUUGUUUAACAUGCUGGCAUAAUGUUAUCUAAAUAAUGUACGGUAAUAUUACAUAUGUGCCUAUAAUGGUUUUCUACUGUAAGAUAUUGUUAAACCAGUCAGAGGCUUUUAAGGGGAAAAAACGUAUUUGCACAAUGCAAAUUUAAAUGAAUGCCAAAAAAGUUUUACCAAAAUAAUAAAUGUAAAAAUCCAAACAGAGCGGGGCUCAGCUAUCACAUAGGCCCCAUUUGUCCUAAUAGGAGGGACAGAAUCCGCAAUAUUUGUCAGUAUAUGUGUAGCACCAAGGACACGGCAUGCAACCAGGCAGAGGUCCCAUGCGCCUGCUCUUACUGACGGUGCGUUACUGACACUCAGUGGUGAGAGUGAGAAAUCUGGGAUAAUCACACAUCACUGGAACCAUAGACACCAGAUUAUUUUAUCCUUGUAUUGUUAUACUGUAAAGAGUAAUUUUAUAAACUACAAUCCUAAAACACAGUUAAUAAUAUUGAGUAGCUACUGUCCUUUUACUGUUUUUUGCGGUUGACAAUGCCAUAUCAACAUCCAGACAUAUUAUUUCUGAAGAUCUGCAUCUCAGACCAAAACCACAUCCAAAGCUCAGCCCUAAACUAAUUCUGACCGACGUUUACUCAAGGUUCAGUUUGAUUCUCUCUUAUAACUGCUCUGGGUGUUUUUUGUUUUGGAGUUCUGAAUUGAAUGCCUUCUGUAAGUUUGAAUCUUAUCAUCUGACAAGGGUAAAACAGCAAAAGCAUGCCUGAAGUUGUAAUUAACCUAAUGCCAAACAUCCUCAUGCUUAUGAGAAACCAGAGCUUCUAUCAUUUGGAGGAACUGAACAAGACACUAAUGUUAGUUUUGAAUGUGUUUUCCACGUUUUUUUAGGGUAUUUGGAUAUAACAGAUACCAUCUGUCUCAUGAAGAGCAGUUUUUAGUCUUAAAUCAUUUACACCAAAUAUAAACAAUAUAUAGUGCCACGUUUCUACAUAGCUCAUCAUUGACAUAUUUUAUUUAAACGCCUGAAUGUUGAACAUGAUGCCAUAACAUUUGCUACUCUCAGGUAUAUUUGAAAAUCAAAAAUGACCUUGUCUUUUCUGAAAUUAAACUUGACAUUUUUACUGUCUGUCAGUCGUCACAAAUGUUAUUUACCUGAUGGAAAAUAAUUAAAAAAAUAAACAAUA